UUCAAACAAUUUCCAGUUAAAGUUUUGGUAAAUUGCAAAAUGUUCCAAAAAUCUGGUUUCAUUCAGAAAUUUUUAGAAAUAUAUAUUUGUUUUGGUUCAUAGAGAAAUCCACGAAAUUUUCCUCAUUUCUACUUAUUGAUAUUAUUUAAUCAAUACAAAAUACGCAUAAAUAUGAAAUGGAUAAUUUUGUUGCUCGGUAUCGUCUUUCUAUGCGUUGCCUUUUAUCGACCAAACGAAAAUAUGGAAACUUUUCAAACGGAAAAUGAAUUUGAGUUACGAAGGAAGCGACAAAUUACCAAAGAGUUUUCACAUAACUUUGAGAAGAGAGCGAUUCUUCCUUUGAAAGAGUUUAGAAGACUUCCGAAUGGACGGAAUAAUCGAGAAUUCACUGUUAAUUGGGACAAUAUUUGGUCGAUUCGGAAUUUUAUCACAAGAAGUGGCAAGAUACUUAAAAAGCUGACUCUAUUGAAUUUCAAAAGUCCGGAGAAUGUGAAAGACGUAUGGCAUCACAGAUUGGUUCGAGGCGCCAAGUUGGAUCUCAAAAGACAUUUUUUCGAUUUUCCAGACCAGGAAGAACCAAAAGUGAAAAUUAAACUGAUCAAUAAUCAUGACGGAUGGUUUCCUAUUGAAGAAUUACGAUUCAAUUCUGAUUUGGUUAGAGAUGCAGUUCAUAUUGAUACUCAAGAAUACGAAUGCUCUUUUUACGAGGAUCAUAACUUUUUACCCAAAUAUGUGAAGCUAAUUGACAAGUUGGGAUCGUUUGCAGUUCGAAUAGAUCACAAUUGUCGAUGGAGAUAUUGGAAUUUCGAUGUUUCAAAUAUUGAUAUCAAUUAUUUUGAUUUAAAGUUUCGAAGUGAUCUCAACUACACGUCAGACGUCUUUGUAGCAUACAUAAAAAUUCAAGGAUUUGGGAAAAACAUUGAAACUCUCAGAGAGAAAGUUGUUAAGCCACUCCGUUUGAAUUGGAUCAGGGAUAUUUGUAGUGAACAAAUAGUGUAUGAAAAUGGAUGCCUUUUAUUUGAAAACACGGAUCCAAGUGGUGUUCUAUUAUUAGAGGAGCUUCGUCAAAUUCACUACAACAGAGAGAAUUUCAAACGAUCAGCUCCAUUUGUCUUGAACUUGCAAAAAGAAGAUUGUCUGCACAUUUCAAAGAAAAUCGAACUGUACGAGAAAUUUGGGAUAGUUGCUCUUCAAAUACUUGACAAUUGUCCAAAACAAGAGAAAGUAUUAAUAUUAGAUGGAAGACAGCCCUUUGAUUACGUUACGAAUCGAGAUGAUAUCAAAUUUCAUAAAGGUGAUAUUGUACGUUACGCAAGAAUUCGAUACUUUGCACUGGAUGAACACUUGGAAAGAUUAGAGAAAUGGUUUCUUCAAUUGGGAUAUUCUGAUGUCAGAGAAAUUGGUAAUAUUGAUGGAUCGGCUGAAUAUCCAGAAGUUGCUGUAAUCGGAUGUAUAUCAACUUUUAUGCCAUUCCCAUAUCUACAAAAGACCAGAAGAAAUUAUACAUCUUUGGCAAACACGAAGUAUACUAUUCCAAUAUUCUAUUUUCGAAACAAUAGUGGUCUUGACUGUGAGGAAAGGAGAGUUUCAAAUGUUCUUCGACGUGUUUUGGGUAGAUUCACAGUGGCAACAUCUCGAAACUGUGAGUGUGGACCAGGGACAACGUCUACGACAAUUUGGAAGAACUGUCAGUUACACCGAGGAACAGUUGAAAUUACUGGAUCACCAGAACAAAAGAGCCUUUGCAAAUAUAAUUCGAUUCGUAAAAUUCAAGAUGGUCAACUUUGGAUCCAUGAUACUUCUACUGUUUCCAAUUUGGAUAGUUUUCCGCGUCUAGAAGAAGUUGAAUGUGGCCCCGUGUGGAAUGAAACUGAUAGGAGAAGGUUGUCAGCUGUAAGAAUAGAUGGAUACAAUCAGAAAUUUGAACAUGUGGAGCUACUAAAGAUGAAGAAAAAAGACGAUCAAUGUUUGAAAUUUGUAGCCGUUGUUGGUGAUAAGAAAAGACUUCCAAGAUAUUCAGAAUCUGAGUGGAUGAAUGCGUUGGGUAUUCUGGAAAAUUUGGUGGUUUGGCCCGAAUUAUCCCAUCAACUCGACGAUUGUGAAGUUGUGGAAGGAGAUCUUGUAAUUGAUGGAAGUGCUGGUGGUGUAUUGAGAAUGGCAUCGGGACUUCGAAAAGUGAAACGAGUUCUUGGGAAUGUGAUCAUCAAAAAUUUAAGAUCAGACUUCUGUGAAUUAAUCAAAAAUCUGAAAUACAUUGAUGGUGAUCUCAUAUUUGAAAACAAUCCAUAUCUGAGAAGAACUUCAUUAUCGCUGCGAGCUGUUAAUGGAAAGAUUCGGAUGAUUAGAACGCCUCAACUAUGCUGGGAAGUUCAAAAACUUCGUAAAGUGGUACAAGCUUUCAAGAUGAAGCAUAUAUAUUCUGACUGCGCCAACAUUGAAAUGGACACUUUAUUUGAAGAAUACGAAGAAAAAUGCACAUUCGUGGAAAUAAUUGUGAGCCUCUGUGUAUUGGCGUCAAUUUUGAUAUUUGUUUGCUAUGUGAUGAUAGAUGUUGUGAUCAUCUUCCUGAAAUCCCUGAAUUUCACUCGAUGGAGAAAAAUAAAAGAAUUGGACAUUCAUCUCAAAACUGACCCAACAGCUUAUUUGGACGAAAAAUCUUCAGAUGAAGAACCUGAUGUGAUGACGUGGAAGAGGAGAAUUCUGGUUAAAAAUCGUCUGGAUGGACGGGAUGUGAUGGGAGAAAAAAGGAAAAAGGAAAUGAAAGAAUACCGAGCAAAUCGAAAAACAAUUAAUUGGAGACGGAAGCUUGGAGCAUUGACGAGAUCCAUUCAAAAGAACGAAUCGGAUAGUGAGUUCUCAGGACAAAGUUGGUUGAGAAGAAAAGAGUCAAGAAAGAAUGCAAAAGAGAUGAAUGAAGAUCAAGGAAAAUAUGAAAAAGAAGGUCUUCCGAUUGCAGUACUGACUGGUUUAGGAGAAACAAAAUGGAAAGGAAGAACGAAGAACAUGGCACUUGAGGCAAGAAAAGCUGAUGAACGAGAAUUGGAGUAUUUUGAAGCAGUUCAUAAAGCGAUCAAAGAAAUAAUUGACGAUGCAGAAGGUGACGAAGAAGAUCGAAUUCUGAUGAUUUUGGAAAUAAUGGAGAAAAGGAAAAUUAUUGAGCCGAACGAAAUUAUCACGGACACGAACAAAUUCGAAGAGCUUCUGGUUCAACUGGAAAAUCAUUUGAGUGAACGUGAAAAGGAGAAGUGGAUUGCCUGGGCUAAAAGGAAACAACAAUUACGAGAGACGGCGAUCACGACAUAUGGAAAAGGAAAAAGCUUUAACAUCUACGAUAAGCCAGUUAAUCUAGAAGAAGAUUAUAGACUGAAUGCUGGUGUUGAUAACUCGGAAAUGUUUGUGAAAGUGAAAAUAGAAACGAUGAACUGGAGGUCUUCGGAUGAGAGUGGAACUGAAGAUCGAGAACUUUAA